UUUAAAGGUGCAGCAACCAAACUCAAAAGCUCAAGGGGGGUGAAGUGCAAUUCCAUAAACAACAUAAAGGGUGCCUGUAAUUCAUCAUAAAAUACAGAAGGAUCUCCCUCUAAUAUAUAAUCCAAAUUCUUUUAUCCAUUUUUAAUUGUUAGCCAUAAAUAUGAAAACAUUCCAAAAAAAUUGAAAAGUCAAAACAAGUUCAUUGGUGAUUAAUAGGGUUUGUUGGUUGGGGGGGGGGGGGGGGAGAAAUUAACUGAGCCUCCUCUAGCUCAGCUCAGGAGAAGAGAGAGAAGCCUCCAAGUUAACAAAAUUCAAGAUUUCAUUCAUAUUGAGAGCAAAAAAAAUCAAGAAAUACUUUGGACAUUUCAAGAACAUAUUGUUUUGGAGCAAUUCAAGAUUUUUUUUUUUGAUUCCAUGUGGGUGUUUGCUUCUUGCAAUUGUUAUUCAUAAAGGUUUCUUAGCUCUCAAAGUUAUAUUGGAGAAGGGAGGUAGCGAAUGAGUUGAUGCUUGUCACUAAAUGUACUGAGCGUAAUGAUAGUUUUUGUGUAUAAUGGUGAUGGUUGUGUUUUUUCGUAUAAAGAGGUUCAAGCAAAUCAGCUGUGGUUGAUAAGCCAACAUGCCGAAUAAUUAUCUUCUUAGAUUAAGCCGGGCAGCUAGGCAGGGACUCCAGAAAUCCAUUUCUGGGAAAGAAAGUGGGCUCCAGGACCCGGUGGAGAUUUUGAUUGCCCAAGGGAGAUUGUUGUUUGGCAAUUCGAAGUGCUUCUAUUCACUACCAUUUGCAAGACCAGCUGACCUAAAUGUGCUCGUCCGUCCUGGAACCUUAGCUGCUGCACAGGCCAAUUUGCACACAGUAAACCAGAAAAAGAAUCUUUCUGUAGUUGGAGCUAUUUCUCGUGCAGUUUCUAUUCCUUCUGUGUCAGGGCCAGGAUUUUCCGUCUGUGGCUAUCACAUUGAUCGCCUGAUAUCCGACCCUGCUAAAAGUUUGUCUGACAGUGACCCUCACAAAGCACCUAUGGAAAUCUGUGGUCCUAAAACUUCUCCUCCAAGCUGCUCCUCAAAUAAAGUGAAUUCAAGGCAUCUCAACGCUGUUCUUUCUGUAAAUAAUCCUAUUACUUAUUAUAGAAAUAGAAGCCUUGAUAAUUGUAGAAAAGCCUGCAUGAGUUUGAGAAAUAAAAAUCAGCCCAACAACUUUUUACUCUACGGAUAUUUCGCAUACAAUGUAGCAAAGAGAAGCGGAAAUUCUAAUCUACAUGAAGGCUUUGGUUUGGCGGGGUUCCAUACUUCAUCAACUGCUAGUUCCUCUACUGGCACUGCUCAUGAUGUGUCAUUCGGUAACUCGAUGUGUGGGGCGCAGCUCUCAAGUUCAGCAGAUUCAUCUGAACAGUGUAUCCAUAUUGACAGAACCCUGAAGCUAAAUUCCGGAUCAUGUUACCUGCCUCAUCCUGAUAAAGAAGAAACUGGUGGAGAGGAUGCUCAUUUUAUUUGCAGUGACGAACAAGCAAUUGGUGUAGCUGAUGGUGUUGGUGGUUGGGCUGAUCUUGGUAUUGAUGCUGGGCAGUAUGCACGGGAGCUAAUGUCUAACUCAGUGACUGCAAUACAAGAUGAACCAAAAGGCUCAGUGGACCCUGCCAGAGUCCUCGAUAAAGCUUAUACGUCCACAAAAUCCAAAGGUUCCUCAACUGCCUGUAUAAUUGCCCUCACAGAUCAGGGUCUGCAUGCCAUUAAUUUAGGAGACAGUGGAUUUAUAGUGGUCAGAGAUGGAUGUACUGUUUUUCGAUCCCCUGUGCAGCAACAUGAUUUCAAUUUCACAUAUCAACUCGAGAGUGAUAAUGCUGGAGACUUACCAAGUUCUGGAGAGGUGUUCAAAAUACCAGUGGCACAAGGAGAUGUUAUAAUAGCUGGUACUGAUGGGUUGUUCGACAAUUUGUACAACAACGAUAUUAAUGCUAUUGUGGUUCAUGCAACGAGAGCUGGCUUAGGGCCACAGGUGACAGCUCAGAAGAUAGCUGCAUUGGCUCGGCAAAGAGCACAGGAUAAAAACAGGCAGACCCCUUUCUCUGCUGCAGCUCAAGAAGCUGGGUUCCGUUACUAUGGUGGGAAACUGGACGAUAUAACUGUGGUUGUCUCCUACAUAAGCAGUGACAGAAAUGAAAGGUCUAACCGCUUACAGAUGUAGUUGAGAACUUUCUUUCUUGCUUUGAAUCGCUUGUCUUUGGGCUCAAUGGCUUUUAAAGCUCCAUUUGAAGGGGAUUUCAAAUCUUGCAUGUAUCGUGUGAAAUGUGUCGAAGAUCAUUUCUACUUCCGAUGCACCAGUUUCUUGGCAAUUUACUCUUUCCCACAUCACGCCCCACUUCCACAGACCACAAAAAUAGAAGAUCGCGAACCCCCCCCCCCCUCUCUCUCUCUCUCUCUCUCUCUCUCUCCCUCUCCCGUUAGGGGAAGAUCAUACGAGUGCUGAUCAUGUAUAUGGAAUAGGUGUAGACCGAAAGGUGCUCCUAUAUAUGGUGCUUUGAUUUAGAUAUCAUCUUUCUGGAGAUAUGUUGGUUUGCCAUAGAAUUGCUAGUUAGGACACAGUAACUUGGUGCAUUAAGCUUUCUUCAAUUCUUGGAAACCAAAUUCUGUCAUCUUUUCCAGUGUAAUAGUUUUUGGACAUGAUUUUCCCACUGGCUGUAAAUAAAUGAGCAUUUUCUUUA